CAGAGUCCUUCUCUGCCCGCCUGUCCGGGGCUGCAUCUCCUGUCCUCGCGCGAUCAUGGCGACGGCCGAGGUUGUUAAUAUUGGUAAAAAACUCUAUGAGGGUAAAACAAAAGAGGUCUAUGAAUUGUUAGAGAAUCCGGGAAAGGUUCUCCUACAGUCCAAGGACCAAAUAACUGCAGGAAAUGCAGCCAGAAAGAACCAGUUAGAAGGAAAAGCUGCCAUCUCAAACAAAAUCACCAGUUGUAUUUUCCAGUUAUUACAAGAAGCAGGCAUCAAAACUGCUUUCACCAGAAAAUGUGGGGAUACCGCUUUCAUUGCACCCAAGUGUGAAAUGAUUCCAAUUGAAUGGGUUUGUAGAAGAAUAGCAACUGGUUCCUUUCUCAAAAGAAAUCCUGGUGUCAAGGAAGGAUACAAGUUUUACCCACCUAAAGUGGAGAUGUUUUUCAAGGAUGAUGCUAAUAAUGAUCCCCAGUGGUCUGAGGAACAACUGAUUGCUGCAAAUUUUUGCUUUGCUGGACUUGCUAUAGGAAAGACUGAAGUGGACAUUAUGAGCCACGCUACGCAGGCCAUUUUUGAAAUACUGGAGAAGUCCUGGUUGCCUCAGAAUUGUACGCUGGUUGAUAUGAAGAUUGAAUUUGGUGUUGAUGUAACAACUAAAGAAAUUGUUCUUGCUGAUGUCAUUGAUAAUGAUUCAUGGAGACUUUGGCCAGCAGGAGAUCGAAGCCAGCAGAAAGACAAACAGUCAUACCGUGACCUCAAAGAAGUAACUCCAGAAGGACUCCAAAUGGUCAAGAGAAAUUUUGAGUGGGUUGCAGAAAGAGUAGAGUUGCUUCUGAAAUCACAAAGUCAAUGCAGGGUUGUUGUAUUGAUGGGCUCAACUUCUGAUCUUGGUCACUGUGACAAAAUCAAGAAGGCUUGUGGAAAUUUUGGCAUUCCGUGUGAACUUCGAGUGACAUCGGCUCACAAAGGACCCGAUGAAACUCUGAGGAUUAAAGCCGAGUAUGAAGGGGAUGGCAUUCCUACUGUGUUUGUGGCCGUGGCAGGCAGGAGCAAUGGCUUAGGACCAGUGCUAUCUGGUAACACUGCAUAUCCGGUUAUCAGCUGCCCUCCCCUCACUCCAGACUGGGGAUCUCAGGACGUGUGGUCUUCUCUUCGACUGCCCAGUGGUCUUGGCUGUUCAACAAUACUUUCUCCAGAAGGAUCAGCUCAGUUUGCAGCUCAGAUAUUUGGAUUAAACAACCAUUUGGUAUGGGCAAAACUGAGAGCAAGUAUAUUGAACACAUGGAUUUCCUUGAAGCAGGCAGAUAAGAAAAUCAGAGAAGAAAGUCUAUAAAUAUAAACACUGCAUUUUUUUUAUUAUUACAUUCUUUAAGAGAAGAAAUUUCUAAUUUAGCUGUAGAAGAAAAAUCAAGAUAAAUAAGUGGUUCAAAAUCAAUCACAGGGGCUGGAGUGAUAGUACAGCAAGUAGGGGGUUUGCCUUGCAUGUGGCCAACCUGGGUUUGAUCCCCAGCAUCCCAUAUGGUCCCCUGAGCACCGCCAGGGGUAAUUCCUGAGUGCAGAGCAAGGAGUGACCCCUGUGCGUUGCCGGGUGUGACCCAAAAAGAAAAAAAUAAAUAAAAAUUAAAAAAUAAAAUCCAUCAGAAAACAAAUGUUAUCGAAUAAAUGCUUUUCAAAGUACAAUGGAUUAAAAGCUUUGUGGAUUAGUAGACCGUAUGUCCAUGUUUAUCACUUUCUUUAUAAAAGUGAAUUACUGUAUAAACAUGUUAAAAUUAGUUCCUAUCUAAACGUGAGCAUUAAGUAACAUAAAAAUUAAUGACAUAUUCGAUAUGCCAAACACAGUAACAAGUCUCACAGUGUUACUGGGCCUGCUCAAGCAAAUUGAUGAACAGCGGGUGGACAGUGACAGUGACAAUAAUAACACUACUAAAGUUCCUACUUGAAUUGUAUCUAAAUCUAUAAAUAUUAGAAAGUUAAAGUGGUUGUUUGUUAGGUCAGUUAGAGCAAUAUAUUCUUUCCUUCCUAAUACCUGCAGUCAAUGUCUCAGAUAAAGAUAAGUCUAUAACUCUAGCUACAUAUAGGUAUAGAUAUAUACAUAUAGAGGGCUGAAGCGAUAGCACAGUGGGUAGGGCAUUUGCCUUGUAUGCGGCCAACAUGGCCGACCCGAGUUCGAUUCCUCUGCCCCUCUCGGAGAGCCUGGCAAGCUACCCGUGACAUAUUUGAUAUGCCAAAUGCAGUAACAAGUUUCACAAUGUUGAGCAAAUCAAUGAACAAUGGGAGGACAGUGACAGUGAUACAAUUUAUAGAUGCUUUGUUUUGACUUUGUUAUUUUGGAAGAACAGAGAGCAGUGGGUAGGAAAACAUGGGAAUUAGGAUGAAGCAGCAUGUGGAAGGCGUGAAAGAGAGUGUCUUCUGAUACCAGUUCCCUGGGGAAAAAUAAAGUUCUCUUAAUAUUUCAGAUGAGGGGCUGAAGUGAUAGCACAGUUGGUAGGGCGUUUGCCUUGCGUGCGGCCAACCCGGGUUCAAUCCCCAGCAUCCCGUAUGGUUCUCUGAGCACCACUAGGAGUAAUUCCUGAGUGCAUGAGCCAGGAGUAAGCCCUGUGCAUCGCCAGGUGUGACCCAAAAAGGAAGGAAAAAAAAAAGUUUCAGAUGAAAGAUUUAUUGUCUUGAAUAUACUAGUGUUUAUAUAUGUAUAUAUCUAUAAGUAGCUAGAGUUAUAGACUUAUCUUUAUACCAGAGACUAUAAAAACCAGCUCCCGGAAGCGCGCGGCCGCAUUCCCCGCCACACGACGUUGUACUAUCUCAUUGUUACUUUGGACAACCUGACAAGCUACCAAAUGUAACCUGCCCAUACAGCAGCGUCUGGCAAACUCCCCGUGGCGUACCCAAUAUGCCAAAUACCAGUAAUAAUGAUGGGUCUCAUUCUCCUAACCCUGAAAGAGCCUUGAAUAUGGCACUUUUUUAAAAUGUCAGGGUUAGGACGAAGGAGCCGUUACUGGUGCCUGCUCGAGGCAAUCGACGAACAGGAUGAUUGUGAUCGUGAUACUAGAGUUUCUCUAUGAAUUUUAUGGUUCAUAAAGUUAAAUUUUAACUCCGAUAAUAUAUUAGAUACAUAAAGUUCCUAGCCUGUUAUCAUUUUCAGAAAUUGCAAUCUCCUGGUUGCCAAUCCAAGCUAGUUUCAUUUUUUAAUAGUAUCAGUCUGCAGUAUACUCAGAAGAUUCAUUCUAACAGAGUAGUUGCUACUAAGAGGAAUUCUAAGCAUCAUCAAUUUAUAAGCCUUUUUUUAAAUUUGAGUCACUGUCAGAUACAACAGUCGAGAGAGACAAGGGCCAGGAGGAUCGCUUCACAGUUUGGAAGCCUGCCUCAUGUGCUGGGGGUGAAGGCAGUUAGGAUAGAGAAGGGACCAUUAAGCCUAUGAUGGUUGAAGGGAUCGCUUCCAGUGGGAGAUGUGUGCUAAAUGUAGACUAGGGACUAAAGAUGAUGGCCUCGCAAUAUCUGUAUUGCAAACCAGGAUGCCCAAAGUCAAGAGCAAAAGGGAUGGUGCCUGCCACCGAGGCAGGGGUAGUAGGAGGGAUACUGGGAAUAUCACCCCCUGCCUUUAUGUUAAGAGAUUUAUAAGAAUGGGAGGGUCGGAUGGGAUGAUGGUGGAAAGUGAGCAUUGGUGGAGGGAUGGGUGUUCAAUUAUUGUAUGACUGAAAAUCAUAAAAACUUUGUAACUGUUUCACAGUGAUUCAGUUAAAAAAGAAAAACUGGGGUUUCGUUGUUAACAGUGACCAGUAAAAAAAAUGUAUAUAUCUGCUGUAGAUGAGAUCUCGUUAAAACCCAUGCCACUCACCUAUGCUGUCUGCCUUUUUUUACCUUCUUAACCUGUAUUACAACUAGUGUCUCUUAUCAUACUGUUACCACACUAUCUCUAUGAGUCACUGAACCCUCCUUUUUUGACACUAAGAUACUAUACCAACCAUUGAUAAUCCCCUUAUAUUACUUGUUCCCCCAAGUACUGAAAUUUCCUACUACUCUCUUCAUUGUUAACAAAACUAUUGGAUUAUCUCCCUUCAAGUAGUCUGUAAACAUUUGUUACAACUGCUCAUUUCUGUGUGAAUAAUCCAGCUUUAAUUCCUUUUCCAUCCAACCUAAAAUUCUGACAACUAUUCCCAUAUAUCAGAAGGUUGAUUUUAUUGUUUUUCUCUGGCCUUUCUCAUUUAAUCGCUGACCAAGUCUUGAUUCAUCAUUUACCCUUCCUGUGCAUAGGAGCCUCAGAUUCAACAUUAUUAGACUAAGCUAGAACAACCUCCUAAAGUCAACUUUCUCAAGAUUUUCUUACAAGAUAAAAACACGUAUAUAAAAACCGACAAAACAUAAAGUCUUAAGAUCUGAUGCAACUUUUUAAUUUUGUGAGCACAUCUGACAGUGCUCAGGGGACCAUACAUAGAGCUGGGAAUCAAACUGGUAACUGCCCCAUGUAUGCUGUAGCCCCCAUUCUCUGUCUCCAGCAGUGCAGCAUACUACUGUUUCCGUAAACAUUGAGUGCUGCUGAUCUCCCUUGGAACUGCAUACCCAACAGAUUCCAUUGCUUCUGGUUUCUUUGCAGCCUAUCCAAGAUCUGUAGUUUGGAGAUCGCUGACUAAACUUAUCAAGGAAACUCAUUUUCCUGAUUUGUAUAUAUUUUUUAAGUAGUUCUUUAUAGAUCAGGUACUGUAUCUUGUAUGAAUACUUAAAACAUUUCUCUCACUAAAUUCUAAAUACCAUCUCCAUGAAACCUUCCUUAAUCACAGUGUUAUGUGUAAUUGCUACAGCAGGUGUUCUUUUAGAUUAUAGUUUGAGAGAAAAUAUAAUGGUUUGUUUUCCUCACACUGUCGUAUGCUCUGGUGGUGCCUAAAUGAAGUAAUAGGGGUGAAGUAAGUCGUGUGCCGCUUAAUUUUCAGUCUGCCAAUUUACAAGAACAAAGGUAAAGAUUUGAUCUAAACAUCUUCAAGCGCUUUGGGGCGACACGCAGUGGUGCUCAGGCUUACUUUUGACGCUCCAUUUAGGAAUCACUAUUGGCAGUGCUCAGGGAACCAUUUGGAAUGCCAGGAACCCAACCAGGUCAGGGGUGAGCUAGGCAAAUGCCUUCCUGACUCUACUUUUGCUCCACCCCCUGAUUUAAACAUCUCCAAACUUUGGCAUUCUGGUUUCCCAAUAGUCACUGCUAUUUUGUUUCUUCUAAACAUACUCAGCAAAAUCUAUUAGAUGAAGUUUUCCAAAAUUAGACUGGUUGAUGGGAGUGGUCAUUAUCAAUUUCACAAUUUCCUAAGAGUAUAUAUAUCGCCAGUAUAGAUAUGUAGUGCUAAAUGCUUGUUUGGAAGUCUCUUUCAAGUGCCUUGUAGAAAGUUAACACAAGGACCAGGGAUAGCUCACCUGCUGAAUUUAUGCUGUAUGUGCGUUUGCAUGGUCUGAAGCACUGCUGACCCUGCCAUUUGCAAAUGACAUGCCAGUAGUGCACUCUUACUAUCCACUGUUAAAAUCUUUGAUAUUUCUGAAUUUUGCAUUUUAUAUGAACAUGUAGCUAGACAAAAUGGGGAAGAAAAAGUGUCUAAGUAUUAACAGUAUUCAAACUUUGUCUAAUAAGACGUGUUUGAGUUGCUGAUGUAAUAAAAUUUACUUAUGUCUGAAAUUUACACAUGUACCCAAAUAAAACUCGCUCGAGCGUUUUUUAUUAACUUUU